CCUCUCUUGAUCUUUUCCUCAAUCUUUAUUCUAUUGAAAUAACAUAAGCGUGCAUUGACUUCAAAAAAAGUUGGGAGAUAAAAAAUAACCGUGACUAUGAUGACAUUGGAGCAAGAACAAGACGGGCUGGAACCGCAUUUGAAAAAGCAUCACCGUACCACAUCCUCUAGCAAGUCUAGCAAGGUACUUCUGCAAUCCUCCUCUCUAGAAUUUCUGCAUAUGCCUCCUCACGAAUUCAUGAAGAGCUCAAGCGCAGAUGACAUCGAUUCCCCAACAUCCCUUUCUUUGUCUACCUCUUCGUCCAUUUCUCCAAAGUCAUCGGCAUCCACUUUGUUCACUCGAGCACAAAUUCGACUAUCUUCGAAGUUUCCAAAGCGGGUUCAGUCCACUCUUUUUCCAGUGAGGGAAAACAAACAAGUAACCCAAGACAGAGGAAUAUUGGGGCACAGAGGAUCGGCCUCUGUGACGUCGCUGCGAGAGACAGCAAGAGAUGAGGAAGAGUGUGAGGACGAUAGAGUUAAAAUGCCCUCUAUAACAGAAUCCAUAACAGGCUAUCAUGUCCCUUGGAGAUAUUAUCAUCGCAGAAAGGUAAACGGGUUUUUGUCGCUCUUUACUAGAAGUGGAAAACAUCUGCGUGGAGAUUGACUGGCCGCUUUUUAUUUUUUGUCAAAGUUUACAGCAGAUUCAGAGGAGCCGCAUCUCUUUCAUCGUGAAUCUACGCAGUCUUUGAAUAUGCCUCUGCAAGUAUCGCAGUUGGCAGACCAACCUACUUUAAACGAACCCACUCGUCCACAUAGCAUAUCGUCCUGGCGUCCGACGACUGAUAUGUUCGACAACUCCUCCGCUCCUUCCACAUUACGUUGCGCAGAUGCGAUCGGUGGCCAUUUAUCAGCUGGUCUGAGGCCAACCUCUCCUUUUUCUGUGUCUGACUCGUCUGACGG